AUGACCAAUUCGAUGCCUUCCAGCGCCAACAGAGCAUCCUCUUCGUCUUCUGAUAGAGCCAACAUGGCUACUAUCCAGGAAGGCAAGAGGCCCGCCCUGCCAGUCGAUCCGUCUCGGCCGUCAACUUCUCAGAAUCAAGUUCCUCAGUUUCCACUUAGGCCAGGCGGCGCAAUGUCCAGAGACUCGUCUAUCAUUCGCGGUAUCAAUGGCGACUUCCACCCUGGCGCUCAAACCCCAAUGUCGGGCGUAACACACGCAUCUUGGCUCACCAACAACGGAAACGAAUCGAACUCGUCCUUCACUUCGUCCAUCAUGCAGGAAGAAGCAAAACUCCGCUGGGACUCGGAUGAGGAACUGAAGAAGAUGUCCAAGGGCAUUCUCCGGCUCCAGAAAUGGAGUCUGAUCAUUGGUCUCGCUGCCAUCAACGGUACCCUCAUCUACGUCGGAUGGAAGUACUACCAGGUGUACUACUUCUUCCUCGUCCUUCUCAGCUCAAACACCGUUCUUCAGACAUUCAUGUGUCUCUGCAUUAUGCUCCAUUGGUUCUGUGUCAAUGUGCUGUGCUUCUGGUGGAAGCCCAAGGAGAACAUUCCUGCUGAGCCGGAGAAGAUGGUCUUGCUUCUGCCUUGCUACAACGAGACAUACCAAGAGUUGACGCGCUCGCUUGAUUCUUUGAUUGCGCAGAAGAACAUCGACAAUCAUCCUCGUGUUAUCUUCAUCGUUGUCGACGGCAAUGUACGAGGCCCUGGUAUGGAGAAGACUACGCAGGACUACCUCCUCGAAGAUAUCCUCGAGCCAGGCCCAUCGCGCACCUUCGAGAACGCAUACCGUGCUCGCGACGGAUUGUUCAUGCCUGUCAAGACACAAACUGGCUUCUACAAGGGCAUUCCGUAUGUGUUUGUCGGAAAGCGCUACAACCAGGGUAAACGCGACAGUUUGUGCUUCGCGCGAUCUCUUCUAUACCAUUUCAAGCAGCGUUCCGAGAACGUCGUCACCAUGUUCAACAACGACCUCUUUGAGUACAUCGGCAACAACUUCAUCAACGCUGGUCUUGAUGAUAUCACGUACCUUGCUGGUAUGGACGCCGAUACUGUGUUUGACGAGAACUGUAUCUGGGAGAUGAUCAAGGAGAUUCGCAAGAACCCCAAGGUCGUCGGUGUGUGUGGCCAUGUCUGUGUCGAUUUUGAUGGCCACAACUGGGGUUACUGGUCGUUGUAUCAAUCUGUUGAGUAUUCUCAGACUCAAGGUCUCCGUCGUAUGUUCCAGUCUCGCAUUACAGGAAAGGUCAACUGUCUUCCUGGAUGUUGUCAGCUUAUCCGCGUUGAUGAAGCCACCUUUGGCGAUGCUGUUCUCCGCGAGCGUUUUGGAUACUGCCCCAAGCCCAACGAUAUCAUGACACAACACAUCAUGGGCAACUACUCUGAGGAUAGCAUCCACGCCUCCAUCAUUUUCAGUCUUCACCCCGGCAAGCAGACGGCCCAAGCACUCCGCGCAAAAGCCAUGACAAUUGUUCCUCAGGACUGGAAGGUGUUCCUCUCACAGCGUAAGCGCUGGGCUCUGGGCAGUAUCUCCAACGAGUUCGUCAUGAUCUUCCGCCCCGGCAUCAUCCUCAUCGAACGUCUUCAAAGUCUUGUUGCUGUGAUAACCUGGGCUAUCACACCCUUCAUCAUCGCCGCCUUUGUCGAGCUCCUCAUUGUCUUCGCCAAGCGAGGCAGAGAAGUGAUGUCAGACCCUGUAUUCCUCGGUCUCAUCUGUAUAUUAUUCUUCCGCUACCUUUACUCUUUCUGCAUUGGUUUCUGGCUACCGCGCAACAACCUCGAGCGCGCCCAAUACUUCGUGGGCUACGUCAUGCAUCUUUUCACUUCACCUUUCAUGAACAUUAUCAUCUUGGUAUACUCUCUGUUCCAUUCGGAUGACUUCAAAUGGGGCAAGACUCGCGAGGUUAUCCGAGGGGAUAACGAAAAGGACGGCGACGACUGUGGUGGUCGCGGUACCCAUUAG